CAGUCGGCCACGUUCGUAUGUGUUUCGUUCUGUACUUGCCUAUUUGAUUCGAAUCUAAACUCAGUGACAUUGAUCAAAGCGUUCAGGAUUUCUCCGAUUUACAAAAUCCGAAUAUUUUUGGCAAAAUGGUUGCGGAUACAAAGAAUUUUACCGUGGAAAAUGGCGUUUACAAAGGAGAAGAGACGUAUCAGUCGAUUAAGUAUAAGAGCCUUGGAGAAUUAAUGUGGGUUAGCAUUACAACUCAUGAAGAAAAAAUCGCACAUUUAGAUGCACGCACUGAUGAAACAUUUACAUACGCGGAGUUGCAAGAUAAAACUGUGAGAUGUGCUUUAUGGUUACAAAAGCAAGGAAUCAAAUGUGGCGACGUUAUUAGUGUGUGUACGAGUAAUCAACCCAACUCUAUAGUGCCCUGUAUUGCAGCAGCUUAUGUUAACGCAAUAUUUAAUCCAUGGAACGAAGAUAUGGAUUUACCAACUGCAUUGCACGUUUUGCAACUGACUACGCCGAAGGUAAUCUUCUGCAGCGAGAAAUCCGUGGGUGUCAUUUUGAACGCGAUGAAAGAGAAAAAUUGUAAUCCUAUGGUAGUGGUUUUCGGUAAUCAUGAUAGCGCGAUUUCGUUGUCCGAUAUCCUGAGAAAUUGCAACAAUGCGGAAGCUGCAAAUUUCCGUUAUGUUGAGCUUGACGAUGUUAAGAAGACAGCAUGCAUCAUGCAUUCGUGAAUGCCGAAAGGCGUCGAAUUGUCUAACUACACUAUGCUACUCUUCAGCGAUAACAAUAACCUGGAUAUGACGAAUGUGCCAACACUUUGGUUCUCAUCUCUUUAUUGGAUCAGCGGAGUAAUGCUGAAUGUGAAAGCGAUUUCGCAGGGUGCCACAGUGAUCCUUUAUUCGCAAUUCGACGAGGACAUCACUUGCCAAUUAAUUGAGAAAUAUAAAGUAGCAAUUUUGUUCCUUAGCUCGAGUAUGAUAAAUCGAUUUGUCAGAGCAGGUUACGUAAAGAAAUAUUCGUUACCAUCUUUAAAAGUUAUAUUAGGUGGUGGUGCAAUAAUUAAGCCAAAAGUGCAGGAAGAACUGAGACGUAGUUUACCACACGUUCAGAUAUUUCAAGGUUAUGGAAUGACAGAAGUCGGUGGUCUUGUAACGUGUCAAUUACCGAAUCACAAAGAUGGAUCUUGUGGCGUAGUAACUAAGAACGUACAAAUAAAAAUCGUGAAUCCUGAAAGCGGAAAAAUACUUGACUCAAAUCAAUCGGGAGAAAUAUGGAUAAAAUCUGCAUCAAUGAUGAAUGGUUAUUAUAGGAAUCCCGAGGCGACAAAAAGUACGAUUGAUGAAGAAGGGUGGCUGCACACUGGUGAUAUCGGUUAUAUUGAUGAAGAUGGAGAAUUGUUCAUUAUUGACAGGAUAAAAGAACUCAUAAAGUAUAGAGGAUAUCAGAUUUCACCUGGAGAAAUCGAAGGUGUCUUAAUAUCACAUCCAGCAGUGCUAGAAGUUGCAGUAAUAUCAAUACCUCAUGCAACAGAUGACGAACACCCUCUUGCAUAUAUUACCAAAAAGCCAGGCGCCAAGUUGGACGCAUGCACUGAAGAGACGGUCACAUACGCGGAGUUGCAAGAUAAAGUUGUGAGAUGCGCUUUGUGGCUACAAAAACAAGGAAUCAAAUCUGACGAUAUCAUUAGUGUGUGUACGGGUAAUCAUUUCAACUCUAUCGUGCCCUGUCUUUCGGCAGCUUAUAUCAACGCGAUUUUCAAUCCGUGGGACGAGAACAUGAACCUAAAAACUGCGCUGCAUAUCUUGCAACUAACCAUGCCGAAGGUGAUCUUCUGCAGCGAGAAAUCGGCGGAUGUCAUCUUGAGUGCGAUAAAGGAGCAGAAUUGCAAUCCCACGAUAGUAGUUUUUGGCAAGCAUGUUGACGCGAUUUCGUUCUCCGAUAUUCUGAAUAAUUGCAGCAAUAUGGAAGUAGCAAAUUUCCAUUACGUCGACCGCGUUGACAUCACAAAGACAGCAUGUAUUUUACAUUCGUCAGGCACUUCAGGGAUGCCAAAAGGCGUUGAACUGUCCAAUUAUGUUCUAUUACUUUGCAGUCAGAAUGAAUAUAUUGACUUGACUAACGUGAUAUUUCUUUGGUUUUCUUCUCUUUACUGGGUGAGUGGGAUAUUGUUCAACUUGAUGACGAUCGAACAAGGCGGCAAAGUGAUCAUCUACCCUGAAUUUAACGAGGAGAUGACUUGUCGACUGAUCGAGAAAUACCAAGUAGAAGCUAUUUUUUUUAGCACAAGUUUACUGAGUCGGUUCCUCAAAGCGAGUUGUAUAAAGAAAUAUCCUUUAUUGUCUUUGAAAGUUAUACUCUACGGUGGUGCAAUUAUGAAUGAAAAAAUGCAGGAAAAACUGAAAUAUACUUUACCGCACGUUCAAAUGUUGCAAGGUUACGGAAUGACAGAAGCCGGUGGUUCUAUAACGUUGCCACAAUCACAUCAUAAAAAUGGAUCUAACGGAGUCGUAACCAAGAAUGUGCAAAUGAAAAUCGUGGACCCUGAAAGCGGGAAAGUACUUGAACCAAAUCAACCGGGAGAAAUAUGGAUAAAAUCUGCAACUAUGAUGAAUGGUUAUUAUAAAAAUCCUGAAGCAACAAAAAGUACGAUUGAUGAGGAGGACGUAUGCACCGAAGAAACAAUCACGUACGCGGAACUGCAAGAUAAAGUUGUGAGAUGCGCCUUGUGGUUGCAAAAACAAGGAAUUCAAUCAGAUGACGUUAUUAGUAUAUGCACAGGCAAUCAUCUCAACUCCAUCGUGCCUUGCCUUUCGGCAGCUUAUAUCAAUGCAAUCUUCAAUCCGUGGAAUGAGAACAUGGAUCUGAAAACUUCGCUGCACGUUUUACGAUUGACCACGCCAAAAGUGAUCUUCUGCAGUGAGAAAUCCGUGGAUGUUGUCUUGAGCGCGAUAAAGGAGCAGAAGUGCAAUCCUACGAUAGUAAUUUUUGGCAAGCAUGUCGAUGCGAUUUCGUUCUUCGAUAUUUUGAAAAAUUGCAAUGAUGUGGAAGUAGUAAAUUUCCGUUACGUUGAGCUCGACAAUAUAUCGGUUACUACGGUAAUGCCGAAAGGCGUCGAACUGUCCAAUUAUGGACUAUUAGUCGCCAUCCAGGAAAGUGUUUUGGAUGUGGCUAACGCGCCAUCACUUUGGUUUUCUUCUCUUUAUUGGCUGAGUGGGACAGCGAUGAACUUGAAUGUGAUCGCGCAAGGCGGCUUAGCGAUUCUCUAUCCAGAAUUUAACGAGGAGAUGACUUGUCAAUUAAUUGAAAAAUACAAAGUAGCAGUUAUUUUUCUUAGCACAAGCAUGAUCAAUCGAUUUCUCAAAGCGGGUUACGUAAAGAAAUAUUCUUUAUCAUUUUUAAAAAUUAUAAUAAGCAGUGGUGCAAUAAUUAAGCCGAAAGUGCAGGAAGAACUGAGAUGUGUUUUACCACAUGUCGACAUAUUGCAAGGUUAUGGAAUGACGGAAACCUGUAAUUUUACAACAUAUCAACUACCAAAUCAUAAGAACGGAUCUUGUGGUGUGAUAGCUAAGAAUAUGCAAAUGAAGAUCGUAGAUCCUGAAAACGGAAAAGUUCUUGGUCCAAAUCAAUCGGGAGAAAUAUGGGUAAAAUCUGUAACCAUGAUGAAUGGUUAUUAUAAAAAUCCUGAGGCAACAAAAAGUACGAUUGAUGAGGAAGGAUGGUUGCACACGGGUGAUAUCGGUUAUCUAGACGAAGAUGGAGAGUUGUUCAUUAUCGAUAGAAUAAAAGAACUUAUGAAGUAUAGAGGAUAUCAGAUCUCUCCUGCAGAGAUUGAAAAUAUGUUAAUAUCACAUCCAGCAGUGCUAGAAGCUGCAGUCAUAGGAGUGCCUCAUGCAUUAGAUGAUGAACAUCCUCUUGCUUAUGUUACCAAGAGAUCUGGUGCCGAGGUGACAGAACAGGAAUUGAUAGAUUUUGUGGCGAAGAACAUGAUGGAUCACUACAAACUACGUGCAGGAGUCAUAUUUCUGGAUAGUUUUCCAUAUACGGGUUCAGGGAAAAUUUCAAGAAAAGAUUUGAAAGAAAUGACUAAAGAAUUGAUUUUCAACAUGGAAAACGUUUACAAAGAGCAAGCGCAGCAUAAGUUGAAUAAUUACAAAAGUUUAGGAGAAUUGAUGUGGAUUACCAUUAAAAGCCAUGGGGAUAAAAUCGCACAAUUAGACGCCCGCACUGAAGAAACAGUCACAUACGCGGAAUUGCAAAAUAAAGUUGUGAGAUGCGCCUUGUGGCUACAAAAACAAGGAAUCAAAUCUGGCGACGUUAUCAGUAUAUGUACAGGCAAUCAUCUUAAUUCCAUUGUGCCCUGCCUUUCAGCAACUUAUAUCAACGCGAUUUUCAAUCCAUGGAAUGAAAAUAUGGACUUACAAACUGCACUGUACUUUUUGCAACUGAUGACGCCAAAGAUGAUCUUCUGUAGCGAGAAAUCUGUAAAUAUUAUUUUGAGCGCGAUAAAGAAGCAGAAUUCCAAUGCUACGGUAGUGGUUUUUGAUAAGCAUGUCGACGCAGUUUCAUUCUCCGAUAUCCUGAAAAACUGCAAUGAUGUGGAAGUGACUAAUUUCCGUUACAUCAAGCUCGAUGACAUUAAAAAGACAUCGUGCAUUAUGCAUUCGUCGGGCACUACGGGAAUACCGAAGGGUGUCGAAUUGUCUAACUACGCUAUGAUAUUUAUCAGCCUACAAUAUAACAUAAACAUGACCAACGUGCCAUCACUUUGGUUCUCUACUCUUUAUUGGGUUACUGGGAUAAUAAUGAACUUCUGCGGAAUCAUGCAAAGCACCAAAGCAAUUAUCUAUCCAGAAUUUGACGAGGAGAUGACUUGCCGAUUAAUCGAGAAAUACAAAAUACAAGUUGUUAUGCUUAGCACGAACUUGUUGAGUCGAUUUCUCAGAUCCGGAUACGUACAGAAAUAUCCAUUAUCAUCUUUGAAAGUUAUAAAAUGCGGUGGUACAUUGCUUAAGACAAAAAUGCAGGAAGAUUUAAGGCGUAUUUUACCGCAUGUUCAAAUAUUGCAAUGUUACGGAAUGACGGAAACCGGUGGUAUUGUAACGAUACAGCAACCACAUCAUAAAAAUGGAUCUUGCGGAAUCCUAGCCGAGAAUGUGCAAAUGAAAAUCGUUGAUCUAGAAAGCGGGAAAGUACUUGGUCCGAAUCAAUCAGGAGAAGUAUGGAUGAAAGUUCCAAGCUUAAUGAAUGGUUAUUAUAGAAAUCCCGAGGCGACAAAAAAUACCAUUGAUAAUGAAGGAUGGCUGCAUUCAGGUGAUAUCGGUUAUAUAGAUGGAGAUGGAGAAUUAUUCAUUAUCGAUAGAAUAAAGGAACUUAUAAAGUAUAGAGGCUAUCAGAUCUCUCCCGGAGAAAUCGAAAAUAUAUUAUUAUUACAUCCAGCAGUGUUAGAAGCUGCAAUAAUAGGAGUGCCUCAUACAUUAGAUGAUGAACACCCUCUUGCUUAUGUCACCAAGAGACUUGGCAUCAAGGUGACAGAACAGGAAUUGAUUGACUUUGUAGCGGAAAACAUGGAAGAUCGAUGCAAACUACGUGGAGGCGUGAUAUUUUUGGACAGUUUUCCAUAUACGGCUUCAGGGAAGAUUUCGAGAAAAGAUUUAAAAGCUAUGACAAGGAAAUUGGCACAGCAAAAUGACUGAUUAAAUUA